UCUCUCUCUCUGUCACCCAGACUUGAGUGCAGCGGCACAAUCAUAGCCUACUGCAACUUUGAAGUCAUAGACUCAAGCGAUCCUCCUGCCUCAACUUCCCAAGUAGCUGGUACUAACAGUGCCCACCACAACACCUGGCUUGUUUUUCUAUUUUUAGACGGCGCUGGCCCUGCGGAUGGCAGCCAUGCGCAGGUCCGGCCGGUACUUGUUCUUUCGGAUCAUGUGCGGGAUGCUGCUCAGGGUGGCCCGGGCAUUCUUGAUGGUGGUCCGCACGUAGGAGGUGGCAGGCCUCCGCUGGCCAGAUCUCUGCUUCAUGACCACCACGACCCCUUUGCAGUCAGCGGCCUGCUCAACGCCCACAGUCUUGCGUUUAAAAUUUUUAAACUGUUACCCUGGGUAGAGUGCAGUGGUGCAGUCAUUGUGCACUGCAAACACAAACUCCUGGACACAGUGAUCCUCCUGUUUCAGCCUCCCGAGUUGCUGAAUUACAAGUGUGAGUCAUUGCACCUAAUUUUUGUACCUUUUGUAGAGGUGGGGUCUUGCUCUGUUACUCAGGCUGGUCUCAAACUCCUGGCCUCAAGUGAUCAUUCUACCUCUGCCUCCCAAAGUGCUGGGAUUACAGGUAUGAGCCACUGUGCCUGGAUGUUUAUACUUUUUUUUUUUUUCUUUUUGAGACAGAGUCUCACUACGUUGCCCUUGAUAGAGUGCUGUGGUGCCAUAGCUGACAGCAACCUCAGACUCUUGGGCUUAAGCGAUUCUCUUUCCUCAGCCUCCCAAGUAGCUGGGACUACAGGCGCCCACCACAAUGCCCGGCUAUUUUUUUAUUGCAGUUGUCAUUGUUGUUUUAGCAGCAGGCCAGGUCCAGGUUUGAACCUGCCAGCCUCAGUGUAUGUGGCCUGCGCCCUAACCACUGAGCUUGUUUGUAAAUUUUUAAAUGAUUUAAAAAAAAAAAAAAUCAGAAGAAUUUUUUUUUUUGCAUUUUGGCUGGAGCUGGGUUUGAACCCGCCACCUCCAGCAUAUGGGGCCAGCACCCUACUCCUUUGAGCCAUAGGUGUCGCCCAGAAGAAAUCUUUUGACCCAUGAAAAUUGUGUGAAAUUCAAAUGUCUCUGUCUGUAAACACAGCUUUAUUGAAAUAUAUGGCCUGUCCUUUCCUUUCUGUAUCUGUGGGGCUUUCAAGCUAUGAUGGUGUAGCUGAGUUGGUCAGACACAGACCAUUUGGCUUUAUUUCCUCCUAGUCACGCCUUUGGGGAUUCUGAGUCCGGACAUUCAAGGUACACACCUGAAUGUGUCAGGAAAUCAUGGUGAUCAUGUUAGACAGUGGGGUCCCUUUCACCCAUGGGGGUCACAAGCUAUGUCCAGGACACAUCCCUUGGAAACGUGGGUAUGCAUUCAUUAUCUGAAUUCAUUAUCUAAACUCAAACUCUUCUUUCCCACUGUGAGAGCACAUCAGCAUUAGGGGAUGCUCAUGUGUCCAAUUUCUACCCGAGGUCACAGUUAACAGCCCCACUCCUGUUGGUCCUCAGUAGUACCUGGCUUAGAGAAUAGACUCUAGAGUCUCCAGGGUUGGAAGUGAAGACUAUGAUACAAUGAAAUGUCCCCUAAAAAUGUGCCAGGUGGCAUCGCCCAAUUUAAAGAACUUAGAGCAAAACAUUAGUCAAGGUUUAUGUUAUAGCAUCAUGUGUAAUUUUGCUUAUCAUUUCUGCUAUUUACAGCCUGCCUAGUUCUUGGACCUAAACUAUAUCCUUCAUUGUAACAUUGCUUCUAUGGAAGAUAAACGGGUAUUUUCUAGAAACCUGAAACUGCUUUUCUUCUGGCAUGGGUCACACCUAGAGCAGAUGUUCAUUAGGAUAACAUUUUAGGACCUUGGCGGGGUCUUACUCUGUUGCUGGGCUAGAGUGCAGGGGCCUCACCAUAGCUCACUGAAACCUCAAACUCAUGGUCUCAAGAGAUCCUCCUGCCUCAGCCUCCCAAAUAGCUGGGACUAAAGGCGGGCACCACCAUGCCCGGCUUGUUUUCCCAUUUUUAGCAGAGAUGGGGUCUCACUCUUGCUCAAGCUGGUCUUGACCCAUCACUCUGGGCCUCAAGGGGUCCUCCUGCCUCGGCUUUCUGAAGUGCUAGGAUUACAGGUGUGAAUCACCGCACCUGGCUCCUCCUUUACCUGCUGAUAGGGUUGAAGGAUGUCCCUGUAGUAUAAUUUAAAAUGUAUAUUUGGUCUUUGCCCACAGUUCCUGGCACAGGGUUCCCAAAACCCUUGGAACAGACAUUCAUAGGCUUGAAACAAGUCUUAAGGUAGCACUUUGGAAGGUUGGAUGAAUCAAUGGGACCACCUAGGGGCCCUCUGUAUUUUAAGGGGGCCCAAGCAACUCUGCUAUAUUUACUCCAACUUUAAAAGCUGGCAGAGAUUACAAUGUGUGACCCCACCUGGAAUCACUGAGGGCACAAUCAGAUUAGUCAAGGUGAAAAAUGACAAAGGUCAGCCCCCUAUGAACUCAAAGCUUUCUGGACAUAAGUGGGAAAUAAAGUCAGAGGGUACAGAACAAUUUCCAGGAUUCCUUGAUGCAAGAGCCUUUAGAAAAGCCCUGAGGUGGGCUUUUAGUCAGAUUGAGAGGAUAUAGAAAGGUUGGGUAGGUGGAUGCAGUGAUUGUGUCCAUCCCCCAAAUUCCUGUUGGACAACCCAACCACACAGGUGAUGGCAUUAGCAGAUGGGGCCUGUGAGAGGUGAACAGCCAUGAGGGUGUUCUUGUGAAUGGGUUUCAUGUCCUUAUAAAAGAGGCCCCAGAGAGCUACUUUUAUUUUUUUCCACGGGAGGACACAGAAGAUGCCAGUUAAGAAGCAGACCCUCACCAAACCCCAAAUCUGCUAGUAUCUUGGACUCCCAGCCUCCAGAACUACAAGAAAUCAAUUUCUCUUGUUAAUAAGUCACUCAGUCUAAGGUGUUUGGCUAUAGCAGCCUGAACAGACUAAGAUGAUGAGAUUGAGUAGAUUAGAUGAAAAUUGGAAUGUUUUAUCUGUAGUUGUGUCUUCCCUGAGCUACUAUCAUAAAACCAGAACUUGUUCCUAAAGGCCUUGUGAACUACAGUUGGGAACAUUAAGGUUGGUGGUAUUAAGGGUAGCCUGAACAGGCUUCAAGUGAAGUGGGGUCUCUUUUACUGAGUGGAUUGUGUGUGUCACUGGGGUUUGUCCCCCUCCCUAGUGAUGUCAAACAGAGGCACAGAAAUCUACCCCUCAAGCACCAUUAAUUAGAAAUGUGAAAUGAGGAGCAGUGAGACUCCUGAGCCCAUUCAGAGUAGGGUGGAAGUUAGAGAGCUUGUUGGAAGAAUUCUCUGGGCCACAGCCCAAGCCUGUAAAGCACCUCCCAGCAACAACUACUGGAACUUGGGACCAAAAAAUGUCCACUUGUGGGCCAAUU